GUGUAAAUACUGCGCGUUGCGUCGUUACGUAGCGCGGGAAUUUGAAGGCACCGAGAUCAAAAUGGCGGAACAACAACAAGAAAAGUGUCCCGAUGCAAGAAGUGGAAAUGUCGGUCAAACGUCAGACGAGAUGGAAGUGCAAGAAAACCACAAGGAAAUCAAAAGAAAACACAAUGACUGUCCAAGUUCAGAAAUACCCCCAAAGUCUCCCCGUGUGACGUCUCCCUCUAUAGAGGAUGACGUAGAUCUGGAAGUUAACACAGAAGACACUGCUGCCAAACCCAAGGAAGAUCCAGCAUUGAGCCCACGCUCAAAGAGCAAAUCUUGGAGGCGAUCGACACGAAGCAGGCGGUCCCUACCUGCAUUUCCCGGUGCCAUUCAAAACCUGUGCAAGUCUAUCAGCCUGUCCUUAUCUGAGGAGGAAAGAGCCGAGAAAUUAAUGGAAGCAGCUAUGAAUAUAGCUGUGGAGAAACUUCAGAAGGCUAUGGUCACUGUGCCGGGUGCAGAUCUAGAGAUAUUCCAAAAGCAAGUGGCAACCUUAAAAGAGCAGUGGCCUCGAGUGGCAAAAGAAAUACGUGAAGAAAGCAGCAAAAUUGAGCAGGGAAAAGAAGAAAAUAACAAAACCAAACCAAGUAACCCUAAUCCUGAAAGGACUGUGACUCUGUGCGCCAAUGCAAUCAAGAGGUUGGAGACUGAGAGUGCAAUGUGGGACGCGCUGCUUGAAAAGCAUAAAUCCAAAGCUGAACAACUAACAAAGGCCAUGGAGGAGGGGAAGGGUUUGCCUGUAGACCCCAAAUUGGUGGCACAGUCCUCACAGAGCGCACUCAUUGCCAGCAAACCAGAAUACAACGCUAUACUCUCGAGACAGACAAAACAUCUCCACACCGUGGAACUCUUGCUGAAUACCCAGAGGAAGAUGUGCAAAGAGCUGCUGUCCUUCCAGGAGAGCUGUGAGAGAGACAUUAAGGAGAUCAGUGCCAAACUGGCUGAACGGGCAGGUUUUGAUGAUAUCCCUUGUCCCUUGAAGGAUCCACACCCAGCACUGAAAGGAUCCGCACCCAGCUCAACAUCUUAAUCUUGACUCAAAAACUCCAAAGGCAUUUGUGCUGUUCAAUAUUAUUUUUAAUAUUGCCAGUCAAUGCCAGUACACAGGUCUUCAUCAAACUCAGACCAAGGUAUUUAUAAGUAAGGUUGUGAACAAUGACUUUGAUGGCUUCAUUCAUGUCCUGCCUUCAAGUUGUUGUUGUUGUUUUUUUAUGUGUUUCAUUUGCCACCAAACAAAUGUCAAUAUUUAAUCCUAUGGGCUUGUAUAUAAAACUUAAUGUUUGUUCAUAUUUGGCAAGACUGUUCUACCAAGAGUCUGACUAACCUCUGUAUGCCAUGAGCUAUUAUAAAAUACAAUACUCUUCAAUGGCCACAAGAUGGCACUAUAGUCUUGCUGUUGAUUGUAACUGGUUAUCAUGUCUGCACCUUGUCACUGUAUGUCAAACCAGAUUUGUCAUGUAACUGAUAAAAAAAAUAAAAUGGUAAGAAUAAUAAAAUCAAAGCAUUGCAAAAUGCAUUUUUGAAAUGACA